GACUGUCUAUGCAUCACCGCCCUUCUCGCCGGUGGCGUCGACGCGGAAAGGGAUAGCAUACGGGGACCGUUACGAUAACUCUGUGAUGGACUACAAUGAUCCAUCACGACGGCAGUACGCGCAACAGACCUCAUAUGCUGCACAACAAUCACAAAGCGGUAGCACCCAACCCGGUAGCCAGUUUAACACCCCUGGUGGAUCUGUGGAGCGAUUCAGGCAGUCUUCAGGGUACCUCCAGCAGUCUCCACAAGCUGUCGCCUCGACUGCACGAGCGAGCGGCGAUGCGCAAGUAUAUGCCUUUCCACAAAGCUCACAGUAUGGAGCCGGUCCUUCGGCAACAGCACAAUCGAUGCAGUACUCUUCCGAUUUGCAUGGUGCAGAUGCACCGCGACAGAGCGACAGCGCACAUUAUCAACAAUACGGGUCUAAUGUCAUGUACGGCAUGGCGCAAUCCACGCAACAGGCGACACAAUCGCCUUAUGACCCAGUCUCACGUUAUUCCCAGCGUCCUGGUACCGCGUCCGAGACAUUGGCUUCUCAAUUUGGGGCGUCACAAACGGCAGCAGCACAGUAUUACCUUGCAGGACAGUCGCUUCCGAGUGCGACAGUUCCCGAGCUGGCGGCAUCGCAACUUCCCUCUCAGUAUCAGCCUUCUGCAUACGCGGCCGCUGGACCUUCGUCCACUUACACGAGUACGAUGAUGGAUCCCACGCAAUCUGGUGCAUAUUCAUACGCGGCUACUGCAAACCAGUAUACGCCUAGUUCCGCGCAGUCCGUAGAUCAGGCAUUCGCCAACUACCAGAGCCAGAUUCGGACCCUAUUCACCAGUGUGAGAGAAGGCGCUUUGCGCGAAGUUGGCGGGCUCUUGAUGGAUGUUUCGCACUAUCUGCUUGGCAAUGCAGAGGCCCUAGGCCUGACGCGCGACGACGACAAUUUGCACGAUGAGCGCAUUCGACUCUGGGACGAGUUCAACCGAGCCUGGCUGGUGACGUUGGAAAAACAACGCGAACUCACUCAGGAAUAUCUCCAAAACCAGGGCCUUCGUGAGCCUCUUUCCAUCAUGAGCGUCCAAAUACUGGAGCAUUUGUCGCGAGAACUGGUCCGGUUAUGCGACAGUGUCGAGAAGCACGGCUUGGUAGACUAUCAGAUGGGCGUGGCCGAAGAAGAGAUCAUGGACCUGCUGAUACGAUGCUUGAGCCUACUGGAUCCGGACAGUGCGACUACCGGAGCGGAGUCGUCAGUGUCUGCGUCCCGGGAUCGAUAGCGACCACGAAUCGACAGUCUUACUCUGGAACACGACCCGACGAAUGACGGAGCAUCAGGCCCGUCGACGGACUCUCUCGAACUGCAUACGAUAUAGACCGGGACUGCAUGGCAUCCCGGGGCACAACGUCUCCGGCUACCGCAAGAGCUUGCACGUUGACCGUCAGCAGCACAAGGCUACGCUCCGCAGCGUAAGCUAUAGUUUUUUGUACGCGUGUUUCGUCAUAAGAUACCACUAUUUUACCUGGGCGGCUUUUUAUCUGUGCAUUUGAUGGCUUGCACGAAGACACGAUUAAUUGUAGCUGUAAUGCAACAACAGGGG